GGAACUACAGGCGCCCGCCACCACGUCCGGCUAAUUUUUUUGUAUUUUUAGUAGAGACGGGGUUUCACCGUGUUAGCCAGGAUGGUCUCGAUCUCCUGACCUCGUGAUCCACCCGCCUUGGCCUCCCAAAGUGCUGGGAUUACAGGCGUGAGCCACCGCGCCCGGCCUUCCAGGGGCAUAUUUCUAUCAGUCUCUACUUGGAUGUAGCUAAACUUCCCCAGUCUUGGAAGUUAGGACAAUCUAAAUCUGUGUUAAGGCUCAGAGCUGCGAAGAGCGAGUGUUCAUUACCUGAUGGUAUAUAUCCGCGUUUUGGACACCCUCUCCUGCGCACGCGGGGUUAAGUAAGUCACUGAAAAACCUAGUCUCACAGGAGUGGGGCUUAGUCCAUCACUUCCUCAUUUCUCAAGCUCUGCAUAACCUGGCUUGGACAAACCUGAUAGGUUUCCACAAACGGCUUCAGCUGUGGAUGAGGAAGGCUUCCGCUGGGGGGGAAGAUACAGAGGGGACAAGAUGAUCGUUUUCAUUAGUUGAGCUAUUUUCCUCGUUUUACAAAUAGUGGGGAGCAAAGAACGGAUGGACUUCCCCCUUUGCAGCUUGUUGUCUGGUGCCCGAAAGGCCAAAGUGAGGGGCAUUUGAGAAAAGUGCGAGGCAGGUUUUCCCAUAGAAGUCCUACCACAUGAAAUGAGAAAAAAACAAUUCUCAGGAACAGCCAAGUUUGCCUUUCUCUGGUCUUUCAUUGUUGAAGCCACCUGCUUCCCCCUCCUGCUGCGGCGGCGGAGGCUCUAGGCGGAAGCGCCAAGCGGCGGAAAAGACCACCAGAGGUGAGAACUCUCAGCGCUACAGCUGCUGGGGCCGGCCGCACCCGGGGCCCCUCGGAAGGGCGGGGCUUCCCCGCAGGGAGGGGCGGGGCGGGGCGGGGUGGGGCGGAGCGCUCUAUCCGCCCUCCCAGUCGCCCGACUGCGCAUGGCACGUUGCGUACUCCCCUCCCAGCAACCGGCCUGGCGGCGGCGCGGCCGUAAAACUGAGGAGGCGGAGCCAAGACGGUCGGGGCUACUUGCUAACUCCAGGAACAGGUUUAAGUUUUUGAAACUGAAGUAGGUCUACACAGUAGGAACUCAUGUCGUUUCUUACCAAUGAUGCGAGCUCAGAGUCAAUAGCAUCCUUCUCUAAACAGGAGGUCAUGAGUAGCUUUCUGCCAGAGGGAGGGUGUUACGAGCUGCUCACUGUGAUAGGCAAAGGAUUUGAGGACCUGAUGACUGUGAAUCUAGCGAGGUACAAACCAACGGGAGAGUAUGUGACUGUACGGAGGAUUAACCUAGAAGCUUGUUCCAAUGAGAUGGUAACAUUCUUGCAGGGCGAGCUGCAUGUCUCCAAACUCUUCAACCAUCCUAAUAUUGUGCCAUAUCGAGCCACUUUUAUUGCAGACAAUGAGCUGUGGGUUGUCACAUCAUUCAUGGCAUAUGGUUCUGCAAAGGAUCUCAUCUGUACACACUUCAUGGAUGGCAUGAAUGAGCUGGCGAUCGCUUACAUUCUGCAGGGGGUCCUGAAGGCCCUCGACUACAUCCACCACAUGGGCUAUGUACACAGGAGUGUCAAAGCCAGCCACAUCCUGAUCUCUCUGGAUGGGAAGGUCUACCUGUCUGGUUUGCGCAGCAACCUCAGCAUGAUAAGCCAUGGGCAGCGGCAGCGAGUGGUCCACGAUUUUCCAAAGUACAGUGUCAAGGUUCUGCCGUGGCUCAGCCCCGAGGUCCUCCAGCAGAAUCUCCAGGGUUAUGAUGCCAAAUCUGACAUCUACAGUGUGGGAAUCACAGCCUGUGAACUGGCAAACGGCCACGUCCCCUUUAAGGAUAUGCCUGCCACCCAGAUGCUGCUAGAGAAACUAAACGGCACAGUGCCCUGCCUGUUGGAUACCAGCACCAUCCCUGCCGAGGAGCUGACCAUGAGCCCUUCGCGCUCAGUGGCCAACUCUGGCCUGAGUGACAGCCUGACCACCAGCACCCCACGGCCCUCCAAUGGCGACUCGCCUUCCCACCCCUACCACCGAACCUUCUCCCCCUACUUCCACCACUUUGUGGAGCAGUGCCUUCAGCGCAACCCGGAUGCCAGGCCCAGUGCCAGCACCCUCCUGAACCACUCUUUCUUCAAGCAGAUCAAGCGACGUGCCUCAGAGGCUUUGCCUGAAUUGCUUCGUCCUGUCACCCCCAUCACCAAUUUUGAGAGCAGCCAGUCUCAGGACCAUAGUGGAAUCUUUGGCCUGGUAACAAACCUGGAAGAGCUGGAGGUGGAUGAUUGGGAGUUCUGAGCCUCUGCAAACUGUGCGCAUUCUCCAGCCAGGGACGCAGAGGCCCUUCCUGAGGGCUGGCCACAUUCCCGCCCUCCUGGGCAGAUUGGGUAGAAAGGACAUUCUUCCAGGAAAGUUGGCUGCUGACUGAUUGGGAAAGAAAUCCUGGAGAGACACUUCACUGCUCCAAGGCUUUUGGGACACAAGGAAAUCUCAACAAGCAGGGAUCAAGAGGGUCCAAAGCCGACAUUCCCAGUCCUAUGAGCUCAGGUGACCUCCUCUACAGAAGGAAGAGAUGCUGCUCUAGCUCUGGGAGCCGAAUUCCAAGCCCAGGGUUUGACUCCUUAACCCUGAGGACCGCCACCUCUUCCCAAUGCUUGCGACCAGCCUCAUUCUACUUAACUUUGCUCUCAGAUCCUAUAGGUCAGUGAAAGGGCAAGUAGUAAGCUACCUGCCUCCCUUCCCCCAGACCUCUCCCUCAUAAUUCCAGAGAAGGGUAUUUCUGUCUGUUUAAGCACGGACUAAGGCUGGGACAGUCCAUCCUUAUCCCUUUUCUGGCUUGGGCCCUGACACCUAAGUCUUUCCCACGGUUUAUGUGUGUGCCUCAUUCCUUUCCCACCAAGAAUCUAUCUUAGCGCCUCCUGCCAGCUGCCCUGGUGCUUUCUCCAAGGGCCAUCAGUGUCUUGCCUAGCUUGAGGGCUUAAGUCCUUAUGCUGUGUUAGUUUCGUUAUCAGAACAAAUUAAAAUUUCCAGAGACCCUGCUGG